GACUGAUAAACCAACAAAAAAUCGCAGCCUUCUCGGUAAGAUAAGCCAAAGUGGCAAGAGAGCGUACUGCGAUUUCAAGAAUGUUCUUCAGGAAACCGGUCAGACGGACAUAUUACAAGAGCUCCAAUCAAAAGAAAAUGAGUUAGUGACAGUGGAAAAUCCUGCACAACUUGGUGAAGGGAGAAAUAGAAUAGCACAGGCAAUACCCCAACGGAUGGAAACGGACCAGCAACCAGAACCACCUGAAGAAGCAGAAACUAUGCCAAAUAGAGAACAAAUUCAGUUGGGCGAUUUGAGUCGCUCAGUUACUAUAGAAAUAACCAUAAAAAAUGACCUGCAUGACGGGAGGCUAAUUGAGCUGAACAAUAAAAUGGUUCAACAGUUGAAGAGGAUGGCGGUUGAUAAACUAGAGGGCGGAUUUGGAAUAGUGUACAUAUCUAAACAGAAAGUUCCAGGAUUCAACAUCCCAGUUGUAUUAAAAGAAAUCGAUUUGCGACAUCAAAUAGGGAUUCAGUCUCAAACGCAAAAACUAGGAUCAGUUACAAAUGAAAAGAUUGCGUCACGUAUGAUGCAUUUUGGAAUCGUCCCUUUACUGGCUUAUCAUGAUGAUCAUGCCAAUAAGAAAUAUUACUUGGUGUCGCCAUAUCUCGAAAAUGGUGACCUUUUUCAAGCCAUUGCAACGGACAAAGGUCUUUCGAAGGACGCAAUGAAACUUCGGUGGGAAAUUAGGACAAAAAUCAUGUACCAGAUUGCAUGUGCUAUAGACUUUAUGCACACAGGAAAUAAAUUGAGGGGAACAGUGCUACAUUUGGAUAUUAAGUCCAAAAAUAUAGUCUUGGACGCCAUGUUUAAUGCCAGAUUGAUUGACUUUGGAAUCGCUCGAGAAUUAAAAGAAGGCGACGUAAACAUUACUGUGACCACCACGAAUGUUGGAACUCUGGGAUACUUUUCAGCCGAUCAACACUAUGUGCUGACAAAACAUCAUGACUAUCACAAUUUUGGAGUGGGCAAGUAUUUGGUCUGCAUAACAUGA